CGACUACAUCUCCCAUCAUGCUCUUCGGCGCUACCGUCUUCCUCAUGCGUCCUGAUUCCAGGGCUGAUCGUUAGAUCAUGGAUGCGGCGUGGAGGCAGCGGGGUCGGGGACGGGGUCACCGUCCUCCUGGAGAUGUGGGGUCAGAGGUCAGAGGAGGAGGUUCGUCUCAGUCCAGGUUUGAGGAGAUCAGGAGGUGUGACCAGGCGGCUGCCCGGAGACUGGCCACAGAGCCACGCAGCUCUUCCUCUGAGGAUGAGGAUGAUGUUAGUGAAGAAGGAGGGAAGCAGGGGAAGAUUCUCCAGUCAGCUCUGUCUCCGUACACCAUUCACUCAGGUGACACUGACAUCCGUCUGCUGGAGAAGACGCGUCAUUAUUUACAUGAAGUGUGUCAGUCUGGAGGAGUCACGUGUCUGAUCUGCAUCGCGUCUGUCAGGAGAACACAGGCCGUGUGGAGCUGUGUGGCCUGUUAUUGUAUUUUCCACAUCACCUGCAUUCAGAAAUGGGCCAAAGACUCUAUCUUCCUGGUGUCCUCAGUGACCGACGAGGAUUUUGGCAAAAAAGAUCACCCGUGGCCGUGUCCCAAGUGCAGGUAUGAGUACAGUCCUCACCAGACUCCCACCAGAUACUACUGUUACUGCGGGAAGGAGGCGGAGCCUGUGCCAGAUCCCUGGCUCCUCCCACAUUCCUGUGGCCAGGUGUGUGAGCGCGAGUUCAGACCAUCAUGUGGACAUCGCUGCCUGCUGCUGUGUCAUCCAGGUCCGUGCCCCCCCUGUCCUAAGAUGGUGAGUGUUUCCUGUCUGUGUGAGAAGUCGUCUCGUGUUCCGCGCCGCUGCAGCGCUAAAGCAUGGAGCUGCGCACAGAUCUGCAGACGGAUGCUUCUGUGCCGAAUACACACCUGUGCAAACAGCUGUCACGCAGGUGACUGUGCUCCGUGUCCGAGGGCCAGUCUGCAGACGUGUGCGUGCGGCUGGCAGCGAGCGGAGCGACCGUGUGCCAGUCCAGAGUGGCACUGUGACCAGGUGUGUGGUCGUCCGCUGUCCUGUAGGAAUCACACAUGUGAGCGUGUGUGUCACGCAGGUGUGUGUGGAGAAUGUCCUCGUGCUGGAAAUCGCUCCUGUUCUUGUGGCAAGACAAAGAGCGUGUUGCCGUGUACGGUGGAUGUGCCCACCUGUGGAGACACCUGCGGGAAGAAACUGGAAUGUGGUUUACACACCUGCUCAAUGCGUUGCCACAGAGGAGCCUGUGAGACCUGCCGACAGGAGGUAGAAAAGACGUGUCGAUGUGGCCGCUACAGCAAACUCCUGCCCUGUCAUAAGGAAUAUCUCUGUGAGUCCAAGUGCAACAAGACACGGGCCUGCAGCCGACACCAGUGCAAGAGAAAGUGUUGUCCGGGGAACUGCCCUCCGUGUGACAUGAGCUGCGGUCGAAUGUUGGGCUGCAGGAACCAUAAAUGCCCGUCCGUCUGCCACCAAGUUAAUCUGCGAAUCACAUUCGAGCCCUCCGGCCCGUGUCCGCUCUGUAAGCAGCCCUGCCAGCGGCCGUUACCCGGCUGUGUCCACCUCUGUCCGGCUCCGUGUCACGACCAGGUGCUGGUUAAAGCCACUGACCGGGUACGACGCUCACCUCUUUCCUGCUCAACAAAACAUAGGGGAUUUUCUGCACAUAUGGCAAACACACUCCGGUCAGUUGUGGCCAAAAGUGUAGCCUGUCUGGGAGAACAUGAGGUGAGGCCGGUUCCGUGUCAUACUCGUGGGCCGUUCUCCUGCGGCCGGUCAUGUGGACGGACUUUAGCGUGUGGGAAUCAUAGCUGCAGUUUGGAGUGCCAUCGUGUGACCGCUGUGCCAAACUCAGACAAAACUAAGGUAGGUCAGCAGUGUGAGCAGUGUGAGGAGGGCUGUCUGAAGCCGCGUCCCGUGGGCUGUACUCACCCGUGUGUUCUGGCCUGUCACCGCGGCUGCUGUCCUCCCUGUGGGCUGAUGGUCCGUCUGCGCUGCCACUGCAGGAUCUCCAGCCUCUACAUCGAGUGUGUGAAGUUCACGUCUGCGGAUGAUCAGGGCAAACAGCUGCUGAGCUCCUGUCAGAAUCAGUGUCCCAAACAGCUGGGAUGCGGGCACCGCUGUAAGCUGCUGUGUCACGCCGGCGACUGCGAUCAGAGCUGCGGUCAGCGAGUCAAGCUCAAGUGCCCCUGCAAGAGGAUCAGAAAGGAAUUCCCCUGUUCUCGUGCGAGAUCAGAGAGCGACUUGGUCGUGUGUAACGAGACGUGUCGAGAGUUACAGAAGAAACAUGCAGAGGCUUGUGCAGCAGAGGAAAGAGCCGCUCUGGAGGGAGAAAUGAGAAAACAGCAGCUUUAGCUUUCAUAGGCAUUUGAGAAACGACAGAAAGGACGGAGGAAGAAGAACAGGAAAGUCACAGAGGUGGAGACAGAGGAGGGUGUGUGGCACAGAUAUAAGCUCCGCCUCCUGAUGCCCAUCUGCGGCAUCCUGUUGGCUGUGGCGGCGUUCUGUCUGCUGCAGCUGACCAAUCAGGAGACGGACAGUGAACGUACCUCAGCAGCUUCCUGAAUGUCAACAGUGUUUUCUUUCAGUUUCGCAAACUUUUUUUUUCACCCUUUAGUUGACUUGCGUAGAUAAUUAGAAUAUUAGUUACAUACAUAUGAUUAUUUAGUCUUCAUUUCAGUGUUUGACAGAAUGGAAACUGUGAUUUUCUGAUAGAUUGUGCCUCACUUUCAUUAAAACUGUGAAGUUCAUUUAAAGCAUUGUGAUUUUAUUUCCAUUAUUAAGAGAAAAUGAUUCCAUGAGUGACAUUUGGGAGAUGUAACCUUAUAAACGUUAAAAAUAAAGACUUUGA